AGUUGAGUGUGUGCAGCACGGCCUUAAAUAGCCAAGGAUGCGCAGUGAUCGAAACAGUAGCACUUUAGCCUGCCACGCACAAGGAUCGCAACAGGACAACAGCAGCAUGAGUGACUUUAGCAUCGAGUACAUUUUGAAUCGCGCCGGCGAUAGAUACGUGGGCACCAAUGCCUCCGCUGGCAUUGCGUUGAGAUUGCGAGGCAGCAUGGCCUAUCAUCCAUAUGCGCAUCAUUCGGGACGCAAGGAGACAUCGCCUCCUCCGCCUCCGUCUUCGUCAUCGCUUGAGGAUGGACAGCUGCCCAUGUAUGACUGGCUGCAGUAUACACGCUAUCAUCCUCCCAAGUUGCCACGAGCACUGCGUCAAGGACCUGCGAAGCGUACUCCUGGUCGCCUGCCUCGCAUUCCCUUUACGCCUGCUCAGUUGCAGGCUCUGGAGAAUGCCUACAAGGAGUCGAACUAUUUGAGUGCCGAGGGUGCCAAUAGAUUGGCUGAAUCCCUCGACUUAACCAACACCCGAGUGAAGAUCUGGUUCCAGAAUCGCAGAGCACGCGAGCGACGCGAGAAACGUGAAAAGGACGAAAGCUGUGACUCAACCUUCUCAUCGAAUGCCUCCAGUCCAGAGCCAGAAAUGAUUGUCAUUGUGUGAAAUCUAAAAACUGGAAGAGGAUUA